UUUCUCUCCAAAUUCUUCUAUUCUGGAGACAGAGAAAUUACUGUGAUCCACAGACAAACAUAGCAGAUUCAGUUUUCUGAUGUUUACGAUGCUCCAUUUCUUCAUGAUCAUCUGUUUCAUCCCUUUGAUAUGUUCUUCCGCUCCCCUGCUUCACACCGUUACUUGUAAGCAAGGCACGAAGACACAAUGUCUCAAGGCCUCCUUUGUACCAGGGCACAACCUCCCUGCAAGAGGAAUAGAUAUAGUGACCAUGAAGAGUGCUGGGAACAUUCUGUUUAACACCCAGCAGUACAUGAAAAAUAACACUUGUAAAUUGUGCCAAGAUUCUCAAGAUAAAGACAAAUGGUGGAAAUUACCUAGAGCCCUGGAGCAAUGGAAUAUGCAAAGUUCCUGCAGAAGGACCAUGGUGAGCAAAGUCUUACAAUCUCCAGUCUUAGUGGCCAAGGAAGUGGCAUCACGUGUGCAGAAUGAUUGGACAAAUGAUCUGAAUUUGACAUGCACAGAACUGCAAGGAAACGUAGCCAUGGCUGGUGCCCAAUCCAAAAUGGUGCAGUUUGCUUUUGAGAAAUUGCAUUUGGACAAAUAUACUUUCCUCUCCCACAAGUUUGAAUGUGAAUAUUACAGUUUUCAGAUGUCUAGGCAUUGGAACCUAAGUCCACAUUUUUUGAAAGCUCUUGUCCAGCUCCCUAACUACUAUAACUCCCGAAGCAACGUACAGUAUCAACAACUGAUAGCCUCGUAUGGCACACACUAUAUCACUGAUGCAACAAUGGGGGGGCAGUUGCAGGAAGUGACUGCAUUAAGAACCUGCGAAGUGGCUUUGAGUGAUAGCACAAUGCAGCUGGUGAAAGACUGCCGGGAAGCAGAGAUCAUGGCUGCUGUGGUUGGUCCAAACAACACAAUGCUAAGUCAGAUAUGUGUGCCUUCAACCAGAAAAUAUAUUUACGUAGGAAACUUCCAUCAGGGAUUUAAUGAAAGGUUUCGGGAGGUGGCAGGAGGAAAUGCCAUGUUUGACCUUCAUAAUCAUUUGUCUGGGGAAAAUAAGUGGUUGAAGAGUACUGAGAAGGAUCCUGCUCUACUGAAUUACUCAUUGAUGCCCAUCCACACCUUAAUUAAUUCCAGAAGUCCUAAGAGAGAAAGCCUAAGAAUUGCUCUCAGUGAAUACAUCAAAAAGAGGUCCUUGAAGAUAGAAUGUCCAUGCUCAGGAAAUACCUAUCCAAGCCAGAGGGAGGAUUGCUCUUGUUCUUGUUCCCCAUCCAAAUAUACCAACUCAGACUGCUGCCCAACAAGAAAAGGAUUAGCCAAGUUAAUCAUUGAAAUUAGAUCUGCCACGGGUCUGAAUGGAGACUAUUUCUCAUCAACAGACAGUUAUGUAAACUUCUAUUUCAAUGGAUAUGAAAAAGAGACUGAAACUAUAUUUGACAAUGAUGAUCCUAUGUGGAAUGAAACACUUGAUUUUGGGAUGGUAGAGCUUGGCCCUCUGAAAAAGUACACUAUAGAGGUGUGGGAUGAAGACAUUACAACAGAUAAUGACCUACUCUUAACAUGUAAGGGAAUUCUAAAAGCAGGGAAUAAUAAAAUGUCAUGCCAAUACAGUGAUAUGCAAUUAGUGUACACCCUUUACACAACCUGUGCCCCUUAUCUUGGAGGUGAAUAUUGUGAUGAAUACAUUCCCAGUUCACCAUGACUACUUUUUUCUCUAUACCUUUCCUUAAAAUGGAUAUUUGCUGAAUCCAAUUCAUUUUCUUAGUAGACGUGCACAUGUUUCUUUUAGAACCAACAAAAUAGUAAAAAGAAGAGGGUCAGCUUGGUUAAGUCUAGGACUUUUCUUGUCCUACCGAGGCGUUUAUCAGUCCCAACUAUCUUGUAUAUGGAGAGGUAUAAGUAGACUCAGCAAUAAGUAACAAUAAGGCACCCCAUUAAGUCAAAGGCUGCCACUGGAGUUGGUAUGGAGGGGUAUGGAGAAGGAGGUUGGUCAAUGCUGAAAACCAAAGAGUUCUGUUUCUACUACAUUAAAUUGCUUCAUUUA